AUAGAGACAUGAUUAAUCAAACAGCAGUCAACGAUUCAAGCCUUGAUAUGUUUAGGCUGAAUAUUCCCAAGGCAGAAGUUUUCCUUUUUGGCUGUACUUUGAGCUUGCUCAUCAUGCUCAUAACCUUAGGCAACGCACUUGUCUGGAUCGUCUUCUGGCGAUUUCGGAAUCUCAGGAACCUUACCAAUUACUUCGUAUGCAGUUUGGCCGUAGCGGAUAUUCUUGUGCCGUUCCUACGAGUCGUCUACAUCGUGAUAUCCAUCUUUAAAGAAAGAUGGAUUUUUGGUCUUUCAUGGUGCGAGAUAUCUUCCAUGUGUGGUGUGCUGCUUUGUGGUUCAUCCAUUCUUCAUUUAUGCGCCAUCAGCAUAGAACGACUCAUAGCUAUCAAAUGGCCGCUGUCUUACAACACGAAAGUUACGUCCAAAAGAGUCAUCAUAGUUCUUUCAUAUAUUUGGAUCCAGUCUUCGCUGUUGUCCAUUAUUCCUGUUCUUCCAAUUGACAUUGCUCAGCAUAGAUUCAACCCUGAUACCGCAGAAUGCGAGAUUGACUGGCACGAAGAUCCCAAACUCACACUCCUUCUUAUCUUCUUCUACUUCUUCGUUCCAAUCAACAUCAUGAUCAUAGCAUAUGCAACAAUUCUUAAAGAGGCUCGCAGAAACACCAGAAGAGUUCAAACAUUUCACCUGAGAGUUAAUGGUAAAUCAACGUUUUCAGUAUUCAAGAAAGAACUCAAAGCAGUGAAGACGUUGGCUGUGGUCAUUGGCGUUUUCUUUGUCAUGUGGAUGCCAUUCUUCGUGACUACAACAAUAAGGGCAUUUAAACCUGAGAGGUAUGUAAGUGGAUGGCUUCAACGACUGGUCAUGACACUAGCCUAUGCUAACUCGGCUUGUAACUUCGUUAUCUACGCCCUCAUGAAUUUCCACUACAGAAGCGCGUUCGUAAAAGUCUUUGCAGGUCGUACGGGAGCCCGCUGGAUACGCUCUAAUGGCAUCUUGCCUUCGCAAAACUUGAAGAACGCUAGUAGAAGAAUAGAAGAUCAAUCUACAUUAAAACAAUUCAACGAUCAGGCUUGGGCAAGUUAG